AUGUCAACAGGGCCGUUCCGGUGGGUGAUCCGGCGCCGCUACAAGCACUUCAGCAGCCUGCACAAGUCGCUGAGGCUCUUCCGCACGGCCAUGCGACUGCCGUUCCCCACGCGGCACCACAAGCUGCGCCGCAAGACCUACAUGCAGGGCAACAAGGCCAAGGAUCAGCCGGCAAUCCCCAGGAUGCCGAAGCGCGGCGACUCGAUGCUGACCGAGGACGAGCUGCCCGAGCGCAUGAAGCAGCUGGAGGAGUACAUUAACGCCGUGCUGCGCUCGCGGCUCUACCGCAACCACCACGACACGCUGGAGUUCCUGGAGGUGUCCCAGUGGUCGUUCGUGCACGAGCUCGGCAUCAAGGGCAAGGAGGGCCUAGUGCGCAAGCGAGUCGGCAGCAAGCAGGGCAACCGCGGCCCCGUCUACUGCGGCCUCUGCUUCAAGUGCCGCAAGUGCGCGGCCAACUGCUUCACGCUCUGGCGGAAGCGCUGGCUGAUGAUCAAGGACACGUACGUGGCGUACGUGCGGCCCCGCGACGGCUCGCUCCACUCGGUGAUGCUGAGGAUAGCGGCUGGGACGUGA